AUGUGGCUGGUUAUGCUGUUGGCGUUUGCUAUGCCAGUUAGCAUUGUCUGCUGGCUCGUCAGCUUGGUCUACACGAUAUUUAAUGAAGGUAGCUACUGCAUCAAUCCUUGGCGCUGGUUGGUGGCUGUUAUUGCCCCUGUGAUAAUAACCAGAUGGGGUUUGAAGAAACGAAGUUUGGACAAGUCAGGAGCCAUUGCAGGACUAUUGGUUGGCUUCGUCCUCACCAUCAGCAGCCUCUGCUUCUUCGCCUGUUUACUGACUUUUUUCAUACUCGCAUCAAGAGCCACAAAAUACAAAUCAGCGACUAAGAAAAGAUUUGAGGAAGAUUUCAAAGAAGGUGGGCAAAGGAAUUGGAUACAGGUGCUAUGUAAUGGUGGUAUCGCGGCCCAGUUUGCAAUUCUUUACAUGUUAGACAGUGGCUGUGUGGAGAGAGUUGUAGACUUUAAGGCCUGGUACAACUCCUCUCUCUUCUCGAUGGCAGUCCUCGGGGCCCUUGCCUGCAGCUGUGGCGACACCUUUGCCUCAGAGAUUGGAACCGUUUUCAGUAUUAAUACUGCUCCAAGGCUGAUAACCUCACUUCGCAUAGUCCCGAAAGGUACAAAUGGAGGAAUAACAUUCAUUGGAACACUAAGCAGUGCACUGGGCGGGACAUUUGUGGGCGUCGCUUAUUAUUUGACCCUAUUGAUGUGUACGAGUGACUACCAGCUCCAGAAAAGCCCAGCCCAAUGGUUGCUGAUUCCUACCGGGACGAUAGCUGGUCUGCUUGGAUCCACCAUUGACUCGUACCUAGGUGCUUUAUUCCAGUACUCAGGAUUUGACAGAGAAAAGAAAUGCAUUGUGGAGCGACCUGGGCCUAAUGUGGAGUUUAUCAGUGGGUCAGAAGUGUUGGAUAACCAUAGUGUGAAUCUACUGUCGGCUCUCUUAACGGGACUCAUAACUCCCAAGAUCGCCUUCUAUAUUUGGCAGAGUGUCUUGUGAAGAAGAAAAAAAUGACUUCAUAUACAAAUCAGCUGAUAUUUUGGGAUUCGUAAGCCAGUCUUACACUUGUUAUGAUGUGCAUUGUAAACAGAAGACUCAAUAUAUAAAACGUCAUGUCUGUUAUGAGAUUAGAAAUGUCUUGUUUAGUGUUUAGCUAAGGGUAUGUGUGUGCUAAUGAAUUCUUAAAUGUUUAUAAUUGCCUAUAAGGUGAAAAUAAAGAGAAUUAGAAACACGAAACAGCUAUAUAAUGCCGUUUAUCCUAUUAUUGUUCUCUCUCCAAUAUCAAACUGUCACUUUGUAUGAAAAGGUGUUCUCUUGUAUGUCUUUUAUACAUUUUUUAGAAUAUGAAUUUAUAUGUAGGUGAGUGCAUGAUUUAGAUUGUAUCAUAUAUCUUACAACGAUAUCAUACAAUUAGUUUGUCCUCACGUAACGGGCUGUUUAUACAAGAGUCCAAAACGGACGAAAAUUAAAAUACCAAUACGAUGGUUGGGGGUACAUCAUCAUUGUUAUUAAAAUAAUUUGAUAAAUUUUGGAUAUGAAUUUUUAUGUGUGUAGGACUGAAAGUUUCAAACAAGAAAAAUCAUCUGAUAUGUAAUGCUACAUUAUAUUGCUGCUAGUGUAUGGAUUAAACUGGAAUGCAUGUUGUAUUGAUGGCUUGUUCUCUGCAUGAUUUUUUGUAUAACCGAAAGUUAGUUCACUUAUGAAAUCCUUAAAAACCAUUAUGAAUAUUUCGUGCCUGUACCGGUAUUCAGUGUUCAAGAUAAAGUAGAUUAUACUCAGAGAUUUAAUACAUUACUUUAUUUUAUAGGCAGAUUUUAUGGAAAAAUGAUGUUAAUUUGACGAUUUUUACAUCAAAUUUUGUAAGAAUGUGAUUAUCCUUCUACCAAAACCAAUCACUUAUCAACCUGUUUGUUAUUUUCUUAUUAAGUUGAAAUUUUGCUU